AUGUCUGAUCAUGUUAAGAUCUCUCCGGAAAAUAUUACUCCUUGGUCAAAAGAGGAGUUCCAAACACUCCUAGAUUCCAUAGAGAAUGAUCUCGACGAUGAAAUGCUUGGUGCCCAAAUAGCGAUCAGAGUCAAACUUGGAGAAACAAGAGAAAACGUGAAGAAACUCAAAGAAAAGCUUACAGAACUUACUGAAAUCGAUGUUUAUUAUCGAAGUAUCGAAAGAUCUCUUACCAAACUCAAAAAGCAAGACCAAUGCCUCGUGGUUAUCGUUCAGAAACUUGCACUGAUGAGAAAUACAUAUCACGAAUACCUCCAUGUGAGAGAUUUACCAUCUUAUAGCACUCCAGAGGUCAACUUUUCAUAA